GGUCCUAUAUAAAUGCCGGCGGACUUCUAGCUUGUCAUCAGUUUACCUGUGUUAGAUACUCAGUGAUCAACAAUGGCUUUCAAGUUCGUCGUUUUCGCCGCUUUCGUCGCUGUCGCCAACGCUGGUUUGGCUCAUGUUGCCGCCCCAGUCGGUUAUGCUGCUGCCCCAGUAGCUUACGCCGCUGCCGCCCCAGUGCUCGCCAAGACCGUUGUUGCUGAACCCUAUGACCCCAACCCACAAUACACCUACUCCUACGGCGUCUCUGACUCUUUGACCGGUGAUCACAAGAGCCAAGUAGAAUCCCGCAGCGGAGAUGUUGUCCAUGGCCAAUACUCCCUUGUUGAUGCUGAUGGUACCAAGCGCACUGUUGACUACACCGCUGAUGAUGUCAACGGUUUCAACGCUGUUGUGAGCAAGACCCCACUUGCUGCCCCAGUCGUCGCUAAAGUCGCUGCCCCAGUUGUUGCUGCCCCAGCUGUUGCCACCUAUGCUGCCGCCGCCCCAGUUGUUGCUGCCCCAGCCGUCGCUACCUACGCCGCUGCCCCAGUUGUAGCUAAGGCCGCUUAUGCUGCCCCAGUCGCCACCUAUGCUGCUGCCCCAGUUGUAGCUAAGGCCGCUUAUGCUGCCCCAGCUGUCGCUUACUCCACCCACGCUGUUGCUGCCCCAGCUGUCGCUACCUAUGCUGCUGCCCCAGUUGUUGCCAAGGCUACUUAUGCUGCCCCAGUCGCCACUUACGCCGCUGCUCCAGUUGUCGCUAAGGCCGCCGUCGCUGCCCCAGUCGCCACCUAUGCUGCUGCUCCAGUCGCCACCUACGCUGCUGCUCCAGUCGUCGCUAAGGCCGCUUAUGCCGCCCCAGCUGUCGCUUACUCCACCCAUGCCGUCGCUGCCCCAGCUGUAGCCACCUAUGCUGCCGCCCCAGUCGUCGCUAAGGCCGCUUACGCCGCUGCCCCAGUCGCCGCCUAUGGUGCUUAUGCCGCCCCAGCUGCCUACGCCCACUACGGCCCAGCUGCCUACUCCGCCUACGCCGCCCCAAUCGCUAAGGCUUACUAUUAAAUAGCAUCCCUGACGUAACUUAAGCCAUGUGUAAAAUAUUCUUUUAUCUAUAUAAAAAACUUAAAAA